GAGAAUUUCUUGACAAUAUUGCUGGUGGAAUACAUGACUUUAUGCAUUCAUGUUUUGGGUGUAGGAGCAGUGGGAAUGCUGCAUGCAGCACAUCUAGCAAAAGCUACUCUGGGCUCGAAUUUGUCAUCCGUUGUACUGCUGCUAAGACACAAGUCGAUGAUGGAGUAUUAUGCAAAUGGAGGAAUCGAAUGGUCACAAUCAGCCAAAGUGCGAGUAACAUCACCUAUUAAACUACAGUUGCCAGCUCAGGAUAUCAACCAUACAUCACCCAUAUCUACUCUUAUUAUCACUACAAGAGCACAUCAGACAUGCCAUGCACUACAGUCUGUCUUGCCUCGUUUAACUCGCAACCCUUGCAUCAUUUUAUUACAGAACGGUGUUUUGGGUGUAUUUGACGAGAUUCAAAACUAUCUAUCUCUAACCAAUGCUGCUACUACUCCAGAUCGACAGAUCCAUCCAGUCUUCUGGCUUGGACUUACAACUCAUGGUAUCACUCGAUCUGCUACUAAUCGGUUUGCAUUCAAUCACAUUGGGGUUGGCCACACUUUAAUUGGCCGUGCAUUACCAUCUACUUCAAUAGCCAAUCAAUAUUCAUCCAAUUCCAUCGAGUUGAAUAACACCUUGCUCGAUGCAUCUCAAACUCAUUGCUCAGAUUCUGAUACAGUUCAGAACGUGUUGAGCGUAGGCUGGAAAUCAUUAGCCAUUUCGAUUCAAUCUCCAGAAACGAUUCGUUCUCAUCUUACUCUUAAACUCGUCGUGAAUGCAUGCAUUAACCCAGUUGUUGCUUUGUUGGGUUGUCAAAAUGGAGGUCUUUUACAUAUUCCUAAUGGACUAGAUCUUGUUCAUUCAUUGUGCAAGGAACUCGCACCCCUUGUAUUGCCACGGCUUUCAUUGCUGGGUAUUGACUCGGUCGAGAAAAUGACCGAGAAAGUCAUGGACGUGGUUCGCAAAACACAUUUAAAUCGAAAUAGCAUGCUGGUGGACAUAGACCAUGGUAGAAUGACAGAAAUCGAAUAUAUUAAUGGAUAUUUGGUUAAACUGGCCAAACACCGUGGGAUAGAUUUACCAAUGCACGAGUUGCUAACUCGAAUGAUUCGAUUAAAGUACAACCAGUCAAAAAGUAGUUCUGUCGAAUAAAGUAGCCUAUGAAUUC